CUCAAGUUAUUAUGCUCCCGCACGACUGACGUGUUUGGUCCGAAGAUGCCAACGUCCGCGGCCAGUCAAACUUCGAAGGUCGAGGUCAUCGCCAAGACUCCUCCCUCUCCCUUCCCGCUACGCUCUCUCUUAAUGGCCCGCAACCCGUUCGCCGACGAUGCUCCCCUCUUUGAGGGUGCUCCCGCUGGGGACGAGCCGCUCUUCUUACAUCCUUCAAAUAGGGAUAGGCUGCUUGAAAAUACUAUAGGACUGUCCGUGGGGGCCGUCAUCGCGCUUACGUUCCUGUUUUCAUUAUGGACUGGAAUCGGCCAAUCCUGGAACAACAUUUUCUUAGGGCUGGUCCUUCUGGCAUUCUCAGGCGUCACUUACCAACUGAUACUCUGGUAUCGCUCUGGAGAUUUAGACCCAAAGUUCAAGACAAUCAUUCUCGUACUGUUCUCGUCCGACGUCCUACUUGCGAUCAUUGCCAACGUGUACUUCUUUGCUGCCAAGUGUCCAGGACAACCCGCUUCUGGAAGCGGCGCAACGAGUUUUUGAACUCGCUAUGCGCGGCGGUUGCCAUGCAGGGUGGGAAGGACAGACCCUGACACUAAAGGAUCUCUGGUACAUGUUUCAUCUUGAACAUCGCUGCGAUCCAUGGAUGAUCGCCAGAUCUACUUUCAAUGCCAUGCUUGCGCUCGUUUUUUCACCUCCCGUGCGUUGCCUUCACGGACUUGUUAUACGAUGUAGAUUCAGGCAGUGAUGAUCUCACAGUCUUGAGCUUGUAAAGUGGCCGACAUAUCAGAAUAGGAUUUUCUUACCACCCAACGACAAUACGUCACUCGGGUCUUUCGGGGCAACGCUCCCUGACG